AUGAACUCAACGUCUGAUCUAGUAGAUAGUUAUGAGGAAGCUUUAGUUAAAAACAUUGUUACAGUUUUUCUUGGAUUUAUCAUUAAUUCUAUUAACACAGUGCUUGUUGUCACUUUCUUUUCCAAUCCAAUAUUUUCAAGAGACUCCAGAUAUAUUUUAUACAUUCACCUUGUAAUAAAUGACAUGAUUAUGAUUUUUUUGUCAGUAAUGCUCCAUGUGAUGAGCCACACUUUACACUUUGUUAAUUUCCCAUUUUGUUGCACAUUGUUGACUCUUGCUGCAACUACCUUUAUGAUAAGUCCAUUGAACCUGGCCGGCAUGGCCAUUGAGCGUUUCAUUGCUAUCUGUAAACCUCUGCAUCACCCUCAGAUUUGCAUACCACAAAGGACCUACAUCUUUAUUUGUUUUUUAUGGUGUAUAGGAGCCAUACCUUCACUGGCAGAUAUCAUUAUUUUAUUUUUGACACAGACUGCAUCUUCCUUCAGACCUCCUGCUUUUUGCUACACACCAAUUGUGUUUCCUACCCAACUCCACCAGGAUCGUACGACUUAUUCACAAGUCAUUUAUAUGUCAUUAGUGUGGUUCAUUUUGAUUUAUACUUACUGCAGAGUUUUGUUCACAGCAAAAAAGGCAACUUCACAAGGAGCAGCAAAUAAGGGCCGAAACACAAUACUGUUGCAUGGUGUUCAAUUACUUCUUUGUAUGUUGUCUUAUCUUUCACCAGUUUUGAAUUAUAUUCUUUAUAUUUUUUUCCCAAUACACAGAAGUAAAAUCAGUUUCUUUAAUUAUCUGCUCACAAAUAUUAUUCCACGAUUACUGAGUCCUUUGAUAUAUGGUGUCCGAGAUCAGAGGUUUGCAAAAGAAUUAAAGAAACAUUUUGCUUGUAAACAUUUAUUUCUAAGGACUGUGCCAUUAUAA